ACUUGUCUCCAGCUCGCCUGACAGAUCAAAACCAAGACUUGACAUGCUGGCACUGGUACCUCCCAGGCAUGACCGGCGUGGACAGUACGUAUAUGUCAACUGCUGAAGGGCAUCCGUGAAGGCAUAUUAUCUGACAUUUCUUAUCAGUGAGUAGUGAGUGGUGAAGCGGGUGGGGAGGAAGGCAGCGGGCCACUGACCAAUAUUUACCCACUUGCCUUGCAGCCCAACACUCUUGUGCCGCACAAGUGGUGUUGCCAUUACUCAUACAAUCUCUGUGGAAGGCUUUAAGGUGACCUCCUGAUGGGCGGCAGGUCUCGCAGCAGCAGCAGGGUCAUGGCCUUACUAGUGGUCCUCCUGCCCCUGAUGGCAUUGGCAGGGGUUACAGCUGAGCCAAACAAAGCCAGCCAGGAGAGGAGCUUUGUCAUUGACUACGAUAACAACCAGUUCUUGAAGGACGGCAAGCCCUUCCGCUAUGUGUCUGGCUCCAUCCACUACUUCCGUAUGCUGCCUUCAGAGUGGAGGGACAGAUUCAGGAAGAUGCGCAUGGCAGGAUUCAAUGCCCUGCAAACAUAUGUGGAAUGGGCUAGUCAUGAGCCAGAAUAUGGAAUGUAUGAUUUCUCUGGUAUGAAAAACUUGACAAAGUUCCUCACCAUUGCUCAGGAGGAGGACCUGGUUGUCAUUCUUCGUCUGGGACCCUACAUGGAUGCCGAGAGAGACAUGGGUGGUUUCCCGUACUGGUUGCUGAACAAGAACCCAGACAUGAGACUUAGGAGCUCAGAUGCAACCUACCUGAAGUAUGUGGACAUCUGGUUCAGAGACGUCCUGCUGCCCAAAGUGAAGCCGCUGCUAUACGAGAAUGGCGGCCCAAUUAUCAUGCUGCAGGUGGAGAAUGAGUAUGGCAGUUAUCCUGACUGUGACUUUGCCUACACAAGUCAUCUUCGAGACCUGGUGGUUGCCAGUGUGGGGAGGGGACCUGUCUUGUUCACCACUGAUGGGGAUGGGAAGAACUACCUCAAGUGUGGCAAGAUCCCUGAAGUGUAUGCCACUGUUGACUUUGGCUCAGGUACAAACGUGAUAAAGGCUUUUGAGACCAUGAGACUGUUUGAGCCACGAGGGCCACUGGUCAACUCUGAGUACUACCCUGGCUGGCUAGACCACUGGGGGGACCCUCACAACACUGUCCCGGCUCAGACCGUGGCCAAAACCCUGGAUGUGAUGCUUGCACUCAAUGCCUCUGUCAACAUGUACAUGUUCCAUGGUGGCACCUCCUUUGGCUUCACUUCAGGAUCCAACCUUGGUAAUCGUUUCCAGGCGUGUCCCACAUCCUACGACUGCGACGCCCCACUCUCUGAGGCUGGCGACCCCACAGAGAAGUACUGGGUCCUCCGCAAUGUGACUGGCAAGUACCUGCCUCUUCCCCCUGGGGAGGUGCCCCCAGCCUCCCCCAAGUUCAGGUAUGGCAAGGUGAGCAUGGCACCCACAGGGAGUGUAUUCCAGAUGGCUGACCUCCUUCAGAAGGUCACCAACAAGUGGCCUCUCACCUUUGAGGAGCUGCUGGUGCCCAAUGGCAUUGUGGUGUACCAGACUGUGCUGCCUUUCCGCAUAGCCGACCCAGCCCGCCUCACCCUGGGCGACAUCCACGACCGAGGCUAUGUGUUUGUGGACACAGAGUUUGCUGGGAUGGUGAGCCGAGAGCAGGACAUGUAUGACCUGGCCAUCUAUGCCCGCCCCAACCAGACCAUCACCAUUGUGGUGGAGAGUCAGGGCCGUGUCUGCUUUGGCUCUCACAUCAAUGACUUCAAGGGCAUCACCACUAAUGUGACGCUGAGCAACCACACUCUGGAGGGCUGGACCAUGACGCCACUGCCCAUCACCCACACAGCACGCCUGCAGAAAGCUCUCGCCCACCUCCGCCACCAGGCUGCAGUGCACAACACACUGCAGGGCACAGACAAGGGUGGCAUGACUUUCUUUAGUGGAUCCUUCCAGGUUCCAGGUGACUCCUCACACCCAAGGGACACUUUCCUCAGGCUGGAUGGCUGGAAUAAGGGCGUGGCUUGGGUCAAUGACUUCUGCCUGGGACGGUACUGGCCUGAGGUUGGGCCUCAGGUGACGCUGUAUGUGCCUCGAGGAGUGCUGCACCAAGGCACCAACACCCUGCUGCUUCUGGAGCAGGAGGCUGCCCCAUGCCUCACACCAGACACCUGCUACGCCACCCUGCAGGACACACACAUCAUUGAUGGCCCCACCCCUCUGUGAUCCCAGCACUUCCUUCCCUAUCUGACUGCACAGCCUGCAGGCAAAGGCUCAGUGUAAAAUUUUAUACUUAUAAACACUGCACAAUUUGUACAGAGCAUCUUAUAGUGGAAACUAGUCACUUUAAAUAGUGUUCUGUAUUAUUUUCAGAAUCAUGGCUAUAGUAACUGGGUUAGGUGUAGGGUAAACUUUAUAUAUUCAGCUCAGGUGUUCCCAGCAAUAAGAAUGGUUACUCUUUAAUCAUCUGCACUCAGGGAGGUAAUCUACAUAUGAAAAUUUUCUGAAGUUUGCUCAUAUAUAAGACAUACUUGUUGUGUUAAGCACCAGAGUGUCUUGUGAUCUUGAUUUAUCUAUGACAUUCUUGAUUUUACAAACUAAUGUUGCUGAGAGCAUUCCAAUGUCUUCAUAAGGUGACUGUGAUCACUGAAGUAGGAAAACUUAGUCAUAUUGAAACAUAGGUACUUUAAAUAGUACUCUGAAUGACUUACUAGUAAGGAUUGAAUGUUGAUGUGUCAAGGAGUCAGAGCAGAGCCAGACCUGAGGUAUUGUCCAACAGUCUCAAGAAAUAAAGACUUCACAGAUAGAGAUAUAUGAUAAUAGCAUUUCAAUGGGAAAGACAGAUUUCUUGUUUACUUAAGUUGCUCUUAGUAUUACAUUCCUUUUACUACUGUGUUCUCUAUUCCCGGUGUAACUUUAACCACACUGAGAAUGAGUGGUGGUUAUUUUCAGAGGUCUUGAGGUGCUGUGUGCCAGGCUGCCAUGUAUAUAGACAAAGAGAUUAGUGUGAUUCUUGAAAUGUAGAGAAGUAUUAGAAUAAAUGAGAGUUGGUAAA